AAUUGACAAAAAUGGAAAGCAGUUCAAAGUAUGCAAUGGAGAUCCUCUCCAAAGAGCUUGAAAGGCUCCAGACCCAAGAUGACAUCGGCGCCUCCAUCGGCCUUGUCGAUGACGAAGACCUGUUCAACUGGAAUGUGAUCUACGAAGGGCCUUCGGACACUCUGUAUGAGGGUGGAUUUUUCAAAGCUUUGAUUAAAUUUCCCGAAGACUACCCGAACAACCCUCCCGAAAUGAGGUUCGUGACCGAGAUGUGGCACCCGAACAUUUACCCUGAUGGCAAAGUGUGCAUUUCGAUCUUGCACCCACCAGGCGAAGACGAGUUCAACGAGCAGGAGUCUGCCGAUGAAAGAUGGAGGCCCAUUCUGGGUGUAGAAAGCAUUUUGAUAUCAGUGAUUUCGAUGCUGAAUGAUCCGAACUUGGACUCACCUGCGAACAUCGACGCGGCAAAGCAGUUUAAAGAAGAAAGAGAAGCCUACGAGAAAAAGGUAAAGAAGCUUACCCAAUUAUCGGUCGAAAUGCUAUAAGCUUAAGUAGAAAAUGUGUUAAUCCGGGGCAAUGUGGCACUAUCUAUUGUUAUCGACAGUUUAGGCUGUAUAUAAUAAAACCUCCGUGAUAACUUUAAUUCUUGUUAAUCAGCUCAAACUCUUUC